UCAUCCUUUGACGAACUUUCUCUAUACGCGUCACUGUUCAUACCUUUUUCUGCAUCCCAAUUUCUUUUUUACGCGUCAACAACAGUUCACCUCAUUCCUUUACACACUAAAAUCAAACCUUUUCUUGAUGCUCGAUCAAUCCGAUUCAGUAGCAACUUCGAUUCUGAGUUGAAAUUUCAAAAAAAUGGAAGCUUUAAGAAGACAAGCUAGCAAAUUUAGGGAACAAGUAGCCAAACAGCAGCAGGCUGUAUUAAGCCGACUGGGUAAAGAUGCUGAAAUAUUCGAUGAAGAAGAACUUCGGUGUCAUCAGAAACUUCAAGAUCUUUAUAAAUCUACCAGGGAGACUAAGCAUUUCCAAAAGGACAUUGUUCGUGGUGUUGAAGGGUUUAUUUCAAUAGGCAAAAAGCAAAAUCAAAUAGAAAAAAGGUUUGCUGAAGAUUGUCGCAAAUAUGGGACCGAAAAUGUAAAUCCUGGUUUCCCCCUUGUAAGAGCUGCUACGGAACUUGGCACUUCACGUCAUUCUAUUGAAGACAAGCGGGAAACUAUGCUUGAGAUACUUAACCACCAGGUAUCCGAGCCGUUAAAAGCAUCAAUAAAAUCAGCUUCAUUGGAAGAUGCUCGCCACUUGGCACGCAGUUGUGAUAGACUCCGCCAAGAAGUUGAGAGUCAGGCAGUGGAAGUAUUAAGGCGGCAAACAAAGGUCCGAGAUCCUACUCCAGAGAGUGCGUUAAAACUUAAAAACAUGGAAGCACGGUUAAGUGAGCUCCGAUCUUCGAUGAUCACACUUCAGAAAGAAGCAAUCUCCGCGAUGUUGUCGGUAGAGGAACAACAACAACAAAUAACCUUGCAAAAGCUUCUUAUGAUAGUGGAUGCCGAAAGGUCUUAUCACCGCCACGUUUUGUCUAUUCUAGAGGAGCUACAUGCUGAGCUGAUUUUGGCAAAGCAUAUGCAAGAAUCAUCGUCUCAAUCUGCUACCGAGAAAGAUGUUAUUGUUCCAUCUGGCGACAUCACUCAACGCGUACACAAUGAAAAUAAAGAUUAUGAUUAUUUUAUUGGAAAGGUCAUUCAUCCAUUUGAUGCUCAAGCAGACGGUGAGCUGAGCUUAAAUGUUGAUGAUUAUGUUAUAGUUCGCCAGGUGUCUCCUAAUGGAUGGUCCGAAGGGGAGUGCAAUGGCAAGAUUGGUUGGUUCCCGUCAGCUUAUUUAGAAAGGCAAGAUAUUCAAAAGAACUAGGUAAUUAAGGUGUAUAUAGAAGAUGUAUACACAGCUGCAUGUCAAAAGCUAAUGUAUAAGUUGUAUAAAUGUAAUUAUUUGUACUUUGGGUACUUGUAUAUUGGAGUGAUAAAAAAUCUAUAUGUAUGGUAUAAGUUAUAUCAUACGGUACAGUUUUUUAAUCCGGUUCUAAGAUUAAAGUCA